AGAGAUAGGAAUAGAUUACCGCCCACUGAGGUGACCUUUCUACUAUGAGUUAUGUAGUGCUGAAAGCAAAUUGAUAUGCUAUAAGAAAUCACAGAUACUUUGGAAGGUUUAUACUGCGUACAACUUGCAUAACCUAAUUGCAUCUUGGUCGUCUUCACUCCCGCAUUGCCACAAUUACUGUACAUUAUGGCAGACAUGACGUCCCGGGCCAAGAAGCACACCCUAGGUCACAAUGACAACUUACACACCACUGAAAACCGCCAGUCGAAGAGAGCGAAACCAGACAACCCAGAGCUACCGAAUGAGACACAAUUCACUGCACCGCCAAAGGUAGACACGAGUGGUGAAAGUUACUGGGACUUAUCGAAAUCCCGUCGUGUAACGGUCUCGAAUUUUCGAGGGAAAGCUAUGGUCAACAUCAGGGAAUAUUACGAGAAGGAUGGUCAUGAGCUUCCAGGAAAGAAGGGAAUUUCUUUGCCAAUCGAACAGUAUGCGAGACUCGUGACUCUGUUACCCGACAUUGAACUUGCAAUCAAGGCCCAUGGCGAAUCAGUCCCGCGACCAUCGUAUGACAAUGAAAAUGCACAAUUUUCAGCAAACGAUGACACAAUUGGAGAGGUCAAUGCCCUGGCUAACCCGCGAAAGAAUAUUGAGGCUACAAGUGACGAGGAGAGCGGAGAGGAAUGAAGUAGGCGCGUCCAGCGAGAGGAUCCUAGGUGAACUUGGCCACCAAAACAUGCUAUCAAGCCUGCGAUAAUAUUACUGUUCUCUUAUUUGAUCAGUACUACCCAUCCAUCGACGAACAUGCCGGUCGUACAGUGCUGGCAGCCCUAUGCAUAACCCAGGCUACGGAAGGUUUGCCGAUGAGUAAUGGUACACAUUUCCUGUAUCA